AAAAAUAAAAAAGAAUAGCUGUGUGCUUGCUGGUGGCGUUCGACGGAAAAGAAGGCUCUGGAAGGUCCAAGGAAUCAAAACUCGGCCGCUGAAACAACGCAUCACAGAAUCCGCACUUUCUCCUUUUAUUUUUCCUGUCAGAUCUCAGUUUUUCUCUGAAAAUUAUCAUUUUCCCGCGGAAUUCGGUUCUCCCGUUAGCUGGACGCUGAUACAGUUCAAAGUCAGAGAAAGAUCUUUGAGGACAGAUCUUGGAAAAGAAACAUGACACUGGAUCAAGCAGUUGCUUGUUUCUUUAGUGGUGGAUAGAAGAUCUCAAAGGAAUGUCAAACUUCUCUAUGUAUGAGCUUCAAGGUAAUGUGUGGGAUGAAUUUUGUGAAGCUGAUGAUCGUGUAGUGCCCAAUGCUGGUGAUGACCACAAGGUGCAAUUUGCAUUACAGGCUGAGAGCUGUAAGAAAUCACUUCAAGAAUUGCAUAGUAUCAAAAGAAGUACUGGUGUUGUGAGUAGCUAUGAUCCUCAAGGUCAAGAGGAACUGUUGCCAAAUCUGAGCCUGAAAGAAAGAAUGCUGGAAAAGGGUUCAUGGUCUCAAAAGCCUGAGGGUUUUUUUUCUUCAUGUGAUGGUGACUUGUGCAAAGAACUGAAAACACCGACAUCUGAUAAUACUAGGAUGUCUGAUCAUCUAAAGAGCAGCAAUGCAGAUUCUAGCAGUGUGGAUGAUGCUAUCUUAAGAGACAAGUUUAUAGUGGAGGAUGAUGGCCUGUCUCAGUAUCCAAUAAAUGACAUAUCACAAACUGAUAAUGACCUCAGUUUUCUUGAUAAUGAUGUGUGGUUGGAUAUAGGAAACUUUGAAGAUGUUGACAGGGCAUUAAAUUGUGACUUAACUUUUGGAAUGGGGAGUCUCAAUAAUGAAGAAGAGGAGUUUUGCUGGCUCUCAUCUUCACAUGGAGCUGAAGGAUCUGAUGAUGCAUUAAAGUCUGACUUCAAGUUUGCCUCAUCUGAGGAGAGCCCAUUGAAGAGUAUGUCAGAUUAUAACAUGGCACCCAAGGAAAAUAUUGAAGGUCUGCCAACUAAUGAUCCCAACAAAAAAGCAUCUCCUAUUGAUAAAAAACUGAUGUCGCAAAUGAAUAUUGAUCAUGAUGCUGGACCACCUCCAUUAUCAGCAUUUGGUGAAUCAAAUAGGAAGUCCACUAAUACGGAUAACUUGGUGCCAAGUGAAAAAGUGCAGGGUAAGCUGUCAAAGCCAUCAGUUGGAAAGAGAAAAAAUGGCUACCUAGAAAAUGGUGAUUCCAUUCAUCCCUAUUCUCAGAUGGAGCAAUAUCCACAUCUGAAGCAACCCUUUGGAGCAUCAUCCAGUGCAGUUACUUCUCAGGAUAGCAUCCAUAAACAUACACCAAACAUGGAUUCUGAUUCAUUAGGAUGUGUACAGAUGCGGACUCCCUUAACUCACCGAGAUUAUAAUCAUACUCCAAGUUACACUUCCCUGCUUCCAGCUUUGUCUGGAUCAAGGUUUGAACAUAAUAAACAACUGUCUCCUUUAGAGAGUCCUCAUGGGAAACCUUUGGAGGCUGCUAGCUUGGAAACAAAUGAUAAGAGGGAAAAAUUAUAUAAUUGUUAUGAUGCACGACUGUUAAGUAGGGGUAUCAAAGGUGAAAAUAUGGCUAGUCACAUGACAUCGUUUCCAAGUCCAGGUUCAGGCCAGCGGGUAGGUCAUCAGUUUGAGAAUGAAAAUGAAGGCCAUAGUGAAGUUGGAGGAGUUAGCAUUGGAUUUUCACAAGAAAUAGAUUCUUCAAAUGCUCCAGAAAGCCCAUCCAUGAGCUCAGCUUUGGAUGAAAUCUCACUUGAAGCAACUAGCUUUCGGCAGCUCCAACAGGUCAUGGAUCAGUUGGAUAUAAGAACUAAACUAUGUAUAAGGGACAGUCUGUACCGAUUAGCUAAGAGUGCUGAACAAAGACAUACGGAUGCAAAUGUGAAUGGUCAACUUGGUGAUGAUAUUGAAACCCGCAAAGCAUUAAUGAUACAGGGUGCAGACAGGUGUACUGGGUUCAUGGAUGUGGAAACUAACACGAAUCCCAUUGAUCGGUCUAUAGCACACUUGCUUUUUCAUAGGCCCUCAGAUGCAUCAAUGUUUCCCCGUAAUGAUACAACUCCUUUUAAAUCGGGUUCCAUGAUACAUGGAUCAGUGAUCAAUCCACCAGUAAUGACUGAGAACCAGGUUUGCCAGGAAGGAUCUUCGGGUGGAGUAGAAAAGAAGCCCUUAGCGAUAACACCUAGUGAAAAGUGAAACUAGCAUUGGCUAUUUGGCCUUAGCCUGGUGUACAAUGUUUUUCUUUCGAGUAAGUCAUCGUAUCGUGUACCAUGUAUUUAUUUGAGGCUUACUCAGAUCCCCUUGUUUCUUAACUGUUGAUUAUUUUUUUUUUUUGUAUCUGAUAUCAUAAAUACUGAUGACUAAUGUAUAAUUUUCCGAUCAAGAUUAGGUGGCAGAUAUGACAAUGUAGAUUGUAGAGAAAUGCUACUUCCCCAACUUUUUUUUUGGGUUAGUUUUUUUUUUUAGAAAAGUGGUUAAGGAUAUAAUUUUAUUGAAAAAGCAAUUUUGUUGCAAGUUGCUUCUCGAUUACCAAUUGGUAGUACGACUUUCAUGAAUAGUGAUACGAUCCAUGAUCUGCAGAUCUGGAAUAUCAUAGGCAUAUGGCACCCAAAAUCUCUCCAGUCACCAUGGCCUUCAACACUAAAUUAAUCGGAGAUUAAUCAAUAAACUGAUUAGUCUAGUUUAAAUCGACCUACGUUUAGAUAUACGGGGUUGAGCUCUAUCCAACCGCCACAACACUUAGAUCCUUCAUCUGCGUUGAGC